AUGGCGGCGGUUCUGCGGCUGGCUGCGAAAUUCAACUCCUACUAUGCGGAAAAGCCGGUACUGACUACUAUGGUCACCAAUGCGAUUCUUGGCGGAAUCGCGGACACCGUUGCACAGCUCAUUACGGCCUUCAAGUCCCGACCUACACGCGCGCGGACCGAUGGUGGUGAUUUAAUUUCCAUUGAGAUACAUGAUCUUGACAAGGAAAAACCACCUGCUCUUGGGGAGUUGGGUCACGCGAGGCAUUUGCCGCCGCCCUUUGAUUUUGAGCGCUUAACUCGCUUCAUGUCGUACGGCUUUUUUAUGGCGCCCAUUCAGUUCAAAUGGUUCGGUUUCUUGUCCAGAGCCUUCCCACUUACCAAGAAAAAUCCGACCAUUCCGGCUUUGAAGCGGGUUGCUUUCGACCAAUUCAUCUUCGCUCCUUUUGGUACGGAUCCCACCUGCGGUGGACUGAGUUUAGUGAUUGACAACCUGCAUCUAGGUCUGGUGUGCUUUUUUACAUUCAUGACGAUCGCCGAGGGUGGUGGAAAAAGAGCCUUGACGCGCAAAUUCCAAGACGUCUACUUGCCGACCUUGAAAGCCAACUUCGUCCUGUGGCCUGCAGUGCAGAUCCUGAACUUCCGUAUUGUCCCAAUGCAGUUCCAGAUUCCCGUUGUGUCCACUGUUGGCAUCGCCUGGACCGCUUACUUGUCCUUGACCAACUCUUCCGAGGAGGAGUAA